AUGGGCCAAGAACGAUGUAUUCUUCUUACGUUCAUAGUGAUUGUUGCUGCGGGUGUCGUGGGGGACAAAACGAGGCCUUCAAUUCCCCUCAACCUAAUAAUUACAACUGCGCCGCCCAAAUGCAUUCCGGGGACUCUACUUUUUAAUUAUUUUGCCAGUAUUAAAGUGCCGUUAGAGUAUCUUCCUACCCAGGUGCCCAACUGGAACAUCAAUAUUAGAGCCUACGUGCGAAGGAUAAAUGUUCCUGGAUGUUCUCUUCAAGAGAAUACUCGAGCCUCCCUUCUGGUUAAAACACUCAACGGAAUAGUCGAAGGGUUGAAUACUUCGACGGGCUUUUCCGUGCUUUUGGGGCCAAAUCUGGGCGGUGAAUGUCAAUUCAUCAGUACCUGGAUAGCCUUUGCUGGUUUCAGUAACGUUUCCUAUUACAGUCUCUACCAACUCAAUUAUGCAUGUCGUCCAGAAAACCAACACAACUUCUUUACGGGCGUAAGCAUGAAAAAGACUGAACACUUGAGUGCUUCAAAUUCCUUGGAAGUUUGUGCUCUCUACCUGCCGUUGCCCGUCCAAACGCUGAGCAGGGGUCUGGGGACGUUACUGCGAUACAACGGUUGGUCCCGACUGUCCGUUCUUUACGAGGUCAGCUCGAAGGAGACUUCUUAUAAGGCCUUUGGCCAGAAACUGCUCAGUUUACUCUCAAUCGCAACCAUCAGUGGCCUAACGCGACUCGAAGUUCUGCAUCACGGUAGCCUGCACGUAGGCAGUCGCGCGAUCAAUGCGUUGCCAGGCUUGGUUGAGCGUAUACAAGGUGAGUGA